UUAGACUAUGGCUAACGAUAUUGAGAAAUUAGAGGAAGCUAAGCUUAAAGCCAAAUUUCCAUCUGUAGAAGGUAGACCCAUAAUUGGACACUCUGCAUUUUUACAAAAAAGGCUAGCUAAAGGACAAAAAUUUUUUGAUUCUGGUGAUUAUCAAAUGGCCAAACAAAAAUCAACAGCAAAGCCUAAGCCAACUGGAGUUUUGCCAACAGGCGAUGCCAUACCAACACCUGAAACUGUGCCACAACGAAAAACAUCGAUUAUACAGCAAAAAUUUAAUACUUCGACGAGUACUUCGUAAAAUCCUUUAUUUAUUCUACCUUUUUUCUGUACUUGCAUUAGUAAAUGGUCCAAGUCAUCAAAGAUUUACGUGCCUAAAUAUAAGAAUCGUGUGAAAUAUAAAAUUUGUUGAUUCUUAAUAAUUUCUCUUUAUCUAUAGAUGAAUGGAAAUAUAGUUCGUAAUUAAUUCUUUUACAUCAUUAACGUUAAUCUUAAAUUACUUAAUUCGUACGCAAUAACAAUGAUUACAAAGCAGCAUAAAUUAUUAUA